AUGCUGUUCGGGGUAGCUUUCCUCUUCCUGAGAGCUGUCGCCGCCAACCCGGUCAUACCCAGAGAGGAUGGCAGUUCUACUCCCACUCCCACUCCCACUGCUUCACGUAGCAUCCCCGUAUCCGGGCCUUCCGACGCAUGCGCCGCCUCGUCAACAAGUAGCCAGUGGCUCAGCCUCUGCGAUACGACUAUCUUCUGGCCAACAUCAACCAACUACUACUACGGCCCCACCACUGGCCCCGAGGCAUCCGUAGUCUCCUGCAACGCCGAAUGGGUCGAAUACGACGGACGCGCCAGCGGCCUGGAAUCCCUCGGCGCAACGUCCACCUCCACCAUCUACAGCACCUAUGUCACCAGCACGGGGGCCUGCAACACCCAAAUCUGGGGCGAAGGCUGGGACGACCCUCACGCGGGCCCAGUGACCACGCUGUGUGACGGGAUCCCGCGUGCCCUCGGUCCCCGCGAGUACUCCACCACAUAUUGGCCUGGCACCGGGCCUUGCAGCUCCUUCGUAGCAACCGAAACCACCACGACGCUCGUCUAUCGAUCCCCCUCCCCCACGCCCAGCUGCUCGCUCAACUCCCAAGACUGCAUCCCCAUCUGGCAAACCUACAGCAGCCUCCGCCGGGCCUACUCCGACUCCGUCACCACGUCCAUCCCCGGCGACACCAACAGUCCCAUCCGCCCCGGCAGCUGCCCAACCACCACGCGAAACUACACCGAGAAGGACCCCUGCACCAACUGCCACUAUCUCCCUGGCACCGCGACGCUCUUCUACUGGCCCGUAACCACCACCAACGGCGACCUCUGUCUGCAGAACGGAAGCACCGUCCCGGCCACCCCGACGGGCGACGGCCCCAACACCGCCGUCGUCAACGGCCACACCUUCGUCUCGCCCAGCAUCUACGUCUCCUUCACCAGCAUCUACGCCCGCAGCAACCAGCGCGCCCACCCCGGCGGCUCCUGCGGCGGCGAGUACGAAGACGUCAUCAUCUCCGUCGAUCCCACCGCCGUGUCCUCCUACCGCAGCCACCUCAACGCAAAAUACCCCACCAUCGGCACCGCGUACCCCUUCGAGUACGACGAGUUCCAGCCCCACACGGUGGGCAACUACACCAUGCCGCUGAUCCCCUGGGAGAAGUACCAGGGCGCCUCGCAGUGUCCCUUCCGCGGCGGCAACAAGUGCACCAUGAUCCGCGAUGAUUAUAUGCCCUGGAUGGGCAUCCCGGAGGGCGUGAUGACCCAGAUCGAUCCCCGAUGGACCGAAUGCGAUCGCAGGUGGUAUAUCCCUCCCGUGAGCAUGGUGCCUCUCGUCGGCGAUCUGGAGUCCCUGCCCACUGGCGUCGCCGAGGCCAGCGUCCCGACCCCUACGCCGGCGGUGCCUGAGUCGGGGGUUGCUGCGCCUACGCCGGAGGCUACGUUGUGGUAG